AUGUUCUUGACAAGAUCCGAGUAUGACCGUGGUGUCAACACAUUCUCGCCCGAGGGUCGUCUCUUUCAGGUCGAGUACGCACUAGAAGCCAUCAAGCUCGGCUCAGCGACCGUUGGAAUUGCCACGAAGGAAGGAGUCGUGCUUGGUGUCGAGAAGCGAGUGCAGUCAAAGCUGCUCGAGUCGUCGUCGAUCGAAAAGAUUAUGGAGGUGGACCAGCACUUGGGUGCAGCGAUGAGUGGCCUCACUGCCGAUGCGAGGACCAUGAUCGAGCACGCGCGCGUCACUUCACAGAACCACGCCUUCACGUACGAUGAAGAGAUCAAGGUCGAAUCGGUGACGCAAGCUGUUUGUGAUCUCGCGCUCCGCUUCGGAGAGUCGACAGCAGGCGACGAGGCCAUGAUGUCGAGACCGUUCGGUGUGGCACUCUUGAUCGCAGGUAUCGACGAAAAGGGACCACAACUUUUCCACGCGGAUCCUUCUGGUACUUUUGUUAGGUAUGAUGCCAAGGCGAUUGGAAGCGGCUCCGAAGGUGCUCAGACCGAACUGCAAGACAAAUACAGGAAGGAUAUGACAUUGAAGGAAGCCGAAAUCCUCUGUCUGCGCGUACUCAAGCAGGUCAUGGAAGAGAAGUUGGAUCAGAACAAUAUACAAUUGGCCACAGUCACACCAAGGAUUGCCAAGGACGGUCGCCAGUCUGGUCAAUUCGGCAUCAUGAAGGAGGAACAACUCCAGGCUCUAAUUGCCGAGAUGUAG